AUGCUACGACCAAAGACAGUUCUAAUUUGUUGGUCCCGUAGCAGGCUUCGGCAGCCACCGCGUCCCGGUUCUCCUCCCGGCACUUCGCCGUUGCAGCUGCCUCGUGGUCAGGUCUUUAUGUCCCUCAGGCGGAUCGGUCAUUGGCCGUGUGCAGGCCAUUUGGCAUUGCCAUACAGCGGUGGUCGGCGACUGUCGCCGGGCAGUGGUGCGAACGAACGCGUCGGCGAGGGCGCUAAUAAGGCUAAGGGGAACAGCUGCUGUUCGGUCGGCUUCCGAUGCCCCGAUGCCGGUCUCUUUUUCUGGCCUCCGGACACGGUUAUUGCAGCCACCGACCGAAGUUCGAACAGGCAGCAUCGGUCGUUAAAACGGUCGUUGGACGCAUCCCGGACCCGAACGCUUUGCUUACUGAUUGAAACUCGUACUAAUGGCGCUAAUUGCGUUACAUCUGCGAGCAGAUGGCUGUCGCAGAGUCAACCCUGUGACAUGGGAUCCAUUAAACUAAUGAAGCCAGUGCCUUCGCUUCAGACGGGCGAAAAUCUACUUACCGAAUGA